AUGGCCAGUCGUCUAGCGAAGAACAAACCCAAGAACAAAGCUGAACUGAAGUUCAUGUUGGCCACAGAUAUGGCGGAGUAUCAAGAAGGAAGACUCUGGUGGGAUGUAUGUGCCCGGUACCAGGACAAUGCCGAACUCUCCUCCCUCCCCCCGCCUCAUCCUCACCCACCCACCUCCUCCUGUGCUGUCAAGAACUCCCGGAGGUCCAUGGAAGACAGGCAUGUUGUCAUCCACGACUUCCAUACCCUCUUCAACAUCAAGGAUUAUGGGCCAGCCAGCUACUAUGGAGUGUUUGAUGGUCACAAUGGUAUCGAUGCUGCUGUCUACAGUGUGUCUCACCUCCACCAGUACUUGGCUGAAAGCCAGCACUAUCCCAGCCAACCUCUGUUGGCCAUGCGGGAGGCCUGCAUCAGGACUGACGAUCUCUUCACCAGCAAGGCCGAUAAAGAGAAUCUUCAUGGAGGUACAACAGCUGUGUAUGCUCUGCUGAGGCCCAAGGAACAGAAGUUGUAUGUGGGAUGGCUGGGCGACUCCCUGGCAGUGCUGGUGCGACGAGGUGUUCCCUACCAAAUUGUCCAAGCGCAUAAACCCGACAGAUCGGAUGAGAGAGAUCGGAUAGAAAAGCUGGGUGGCACAAUUCUCUACUGGGGAGCUUGGCGUGUCAACGGUCAACUGGCAGUCUCGAGAGCUAUAGGAGAUGUAGAGUACAAACCGUACGUAAGUGCUAAGCCCGAUGUGGAGGAAAUAACCUUGGAUGGGACUGAAGACUUCCUGAUCGUGGGCUGUGAUGGUCUCUGGGACUUUGUGACGGAGCAGGAGGCAACAAAUCUUGUCUACAAUCAUCUUCAGGAGAAUGCAGGUCAGUGUUAGUAUCCUAGUUUUCU